AGCCCGUAUAAAACGGCUACUUGUUCAGUCUUUCUCUCUAUGCUUGGGCUUUGGUCUCGACUUCUAAUUCCAAAGCAGAUUUGCAGGUGAUUUAAGUGAUGAUGCCUCAGAGGAAGCCAUCUUACUCAUGGUGGUGGGAUAGCCACAAUAGCCCAAAACACUCUCAAUGGCUCCAUUCCACUCUCUCUGAAUUGGAUGAGAAGACUAAGGCGAUGCUAAAGCUUAUAGAGGAAGAUGCCGACUCAUUUGCCCAGCGAGCAGAGAUGUACUACAAAAAGAGGCCUGAACUCAUAGCCAUGGUCGAGGACUUCUACCGUGCUUACCGAUCUCUUGCCGAACGUCAUGACCAGCUCAAAUGUGAAACCGGGUGCUCUAAAACUCCACCGCCCCUAGAACUUUCUCACUCUAGGAAGUAUCGGUCCCCCCCACAGCUUUCUUUCCCAACAAAGCCCUCACCGCUGUCAAACUCUUCUCUAUCUACAAAAACCCAACCGAAGAAACUCAACUUUUCGGCAACAAGCAUCAAGACCACUGAGCCCUCUGAGUCUUUUGAUUCAGAAGAGUCUGAGGCUCCAUCUACAAAAACCCAACUGAAGAAACUUGACUUCCCGGCAACAAACAUCAAGAACACUGAGCCCUCUGAGUCUUUUGAGUCAGAAGAGUCCGAGAUAGAUGAUGCUGAAGAAGAAAUGGCUAACGUGGAGACUGAAGAAAUGUUGAUGUUGAGGGAAGAAGUGAUGAGGCUAAGGGAGGAGAACAGGCAACAGAAGGAAGAGCUGAUGGAGAGGAAUGAAGAGAAGAGAGAAGUUAUUAGGCAACUUUCUCUCUCUAUAGACAUACUCAAUGAAGAGAAUCAGGGUCUGGUCAGGUGUUUAAGGCAGACUAAGUUGGGUUUGUUUGAAUUCAUGAGAUGGAAGGGAGCUGGGAAAUCAUCUAAUGGCUCUUCACUGUGUCGCCGUAAUCUUGUUGCUCGUUGAUAAACUUUAGUUUGGUAAUAUGUGAUGGGUUACUAGGGUAGUCACAAGUUUACAACUAAGUUUGCUUUAAGGUAAAUUUGGGGGUAAGUGGUGAUGGGGUUUUCUUUUGACCACUAUAUACUUUAAUAGUUAUUUAUUCUUUAUUUCUAGACAUCAUUUUACUGAGACUCUAUCUAAUUUAAUGUAUA